GACAGCAUCCGGUUACUGGUCCUUCGUGGAGUGGAGGCACGAGGUACCCGGACGGCGCCGCGGCUGCUGAUUCAUCACCCAGACAACCUCGGAGGCCACCGCGAGGGCUGCUGGCCACCUUCAGACGCUUGCCUCUAGUGGGGAGCCUCGCCCUCAGGAGGUGAGGACCCCUCCCUUCUCUGGCGGCCAAGCAUCUUAGGGCGGUGGCCUGAGGACAGAGAGGGGCGUGCCCCCCGCGGGUGAAGACAGCAUGCCGGUGUAAUACCCAUGCCUCCAGUCUCAACAGCGCUGACCUCGCCCGCCCCGCUGCGCUUGGCUUCCGAGCCUUGACUAUUAUUCUUCGCUGGUCCCGAGCGGCUCUGGCCGCGGGCGCGGCGAUGGAGGAGGAGCUGAAGUGCCCGGUGUGCGGAUCCCUGUUCCGGGAACCUAUCAUCCUGCCCUGCUCUCACAAUGUCUGCUUGCCUUGCGCCCGCACCAUCGCGGUUCAGACCCCAGACGGCGAGCAGCACCUGCCCCCACCACUCCUUCUUUCGCGGGGUGCUGCUGCCGCCGCGCCCCCUCCGGAUCAGGACGCAGCCGCCGGCGCGACUUGCGGAGGCGCCGGAGCUACCACAGCUGGAGGCCUAGGCGGCGGGGCGGCCGGUGGCGGUGGCGGGGACCACGCGGACAAGCUGAGCUUGUACAGCGAGACUGACAGCGGCUAUGGCUCCUACACCCCUAGUCUCAAGUCUCCCAAUGGAGUCCGCGUGCUGCCCAUGGUGCCUGCACCCCCGGGCUCUUCUGCUGCCGCGGCCCGGGGCGCCGCCUGUUCCUCACUCUGUUCAUCUUCCAGCUCCAUCACCUGCCCGCAGUGCCACCGCAGCGCCUCUCUGGAUCACCGCGGCCUGCGAGGCUUCCAGCGCAACCGCCUGCUGGAGGGCAUCGUGCAGAGGUACCAGCAGGGCCGUGGGGUUGCUGCAGGGACGUCUGCAGCCCCGGCGGUGGCCAUCUGCCAGCUGUGCGACCGCACCCCACCGGAGCCGGCAGCCACUCUCUGCGAGCAAUGCGAUGUGCUCUACUGCGCCACCUGCCAGCUCAAGUGCCACCCGUCCCGGGGCCCCUUCGCUAAGCAUAGGCUAGUUCAGCCGCCGCCGCCGCCAACACCCCCAGAGGCUACUCUUGCUUCAGGCGGCCCGUCCACCGCGUCCAGUGCAGGAGGUAGCAGGAGCCCAGGGGGUUCGGGGUCCAGCGCUCCGCGAAAGUUCCCCACAUGCCCCGAUCACGAAACGGAGAACUACAGCAUGUACUGCGUGAGCUGCCGGAGCCCCGUGUGCUACCUGUGCUUGGAGGAAGACAGGCACAGCAAGCACGAGGUGAAGCCGCUGGGAGCAACGUGGAAGCAGCACAAGGCCCAGCUGUCUCAGGCCUUAAAUGGGGUUUCAGAUAAGGCCAAAGAGGCGAAGGAGUUCCUGGUUCAGCUCAAGAAUAUACUGCAGCAGAUCCAGGAAAACGGAUUGGACUAUGAAGCUUGCCUGGUGGCACAGUGUGAUGCCCUGGUGGAGGCACUGACUCGGCAGAAAGCAAAGCUGCUCACCAAGGUGACCAAAGAGAGAGAACACAAGCUGAAGAUGGUUUGGGACCAGAUCAACCACUGCACACUAAAGCUGCGCCAGUCCACGGGCCUCAUGGAGUACUGCCUGGAGGUGAUCAAAGAGGACAACCCCUCUGGGUUCCUGCAGAUCUCAGAUGCCCUGAUCAAGCGUGUGCAGGUGUCUCAGGAGCAGUGGGUCAAAGGUGCCUUGGAGCCCAAAGUCUCUGCGGAGUUUGACCUGACUCUGGACAGUGAACCCCUGCUGCAGGCCGUCCACCAGCUGGAUUUCGUCCAGAUGAAAUUGCCACCUGUACCCCUGCUGCAGCUGGAAAAGUGUUGUACCCGCAAUAACAGCGUCACCCUGGCCUGGAGGACACCGCCCUUCACCCACAGCCCCGCCGACGGCUAUAUCCUGGAACUGGACGAUGGCGAUGGGGGGCAGUUCCGGGAGGUGUAUGUUGGCAAGGAGACGCUGUGCACCAUUGAUGGGCUUCACUUCAAUAGCACCUACAAUGCCAGGGUCAAAGCCUUCAACUCCUCCGGUGUCGGGCCCUACAGCAAGACCGUGGUGCUGCAGACCUCUGACGUGGCCUGGUUCACGUUUGACCCCAACUCUGGCCACCGGGACAUCAUCUUAUCUAAUGACAACCAGACAGCCACCUGCAGCAGCUAUGAUGACCGGGUGGUGCUGGGCACAGCUGCGUUCUCCAAAGGUGCGCACUACUGGGAGCUGCACGUGGACCGGUAUGACAACCACCCGGACCCUGCCUUUGGGGUGGCCAGGGCCAGUGUGGUCAAGGACAUGAUGCUGGGCAAGGACGACAAGGCGUGGGCCAUGUACGUGGACAAUAACCGCAGCUGGUUCAUGCACUGCAACUCCCACACCAACAGGACUGAAGGCGGCGUGUGCAAGGGGGCUACUGUGGGCGUGCUGCUGGACCUGAAUAGACACACACUCACCUUUUUCAUCAACGGGCAGCAGCAAGGCCCCACAGCCUUUAGCCACGUGGAUGGUGUCUUUAUGCCUGCCCUCAGCCUCAACCGAAAUGUGCAGGUCACCCUGCACACAGGACUAGAGGUGCCAACAAACCUAGGACGGCCAAAGCUGUCAGGCAACUAGCCUGGUGGCUCCUGCAACCUAGCUGGCUGUGACGGAGGCCCCCACGGAGGACAAGGGCAAAACAGAAAGUUCUGGGUGCCAGCAGUCAGUGAACAUCGGAAGAUGCU